UUGGCGCACGAGACACUACCGUAUCUCUUGAUUAUGUAGAUGGUUUAAGGUUGUCCUAAUAAAUAAUAAAUAUUUGUUAUAAUCAUAUUUAUGUAUAUUGUCGUUCUUUUAAUAUCUUUAUUGUAAUUAAAUGUUUUUGGAUCCAAAAAAUUGAUGACAGUCGGAUGGCGACACUUUUAUAAUAUUUUUUAUUGACACAAAGCAAACUUUCUUUUCUCAAAGGUAAAAAAAGUUACGAAAAAACUAUAGGACAUUAAUGAUGAGUUCUAAAUUUAUUUUAUUAGAAUUAAUUGACAGUGGAUUUGGAAUAAUUACUCAUUAUCAAACUUUCAUUGGAAUCUUCUUUAUAUUAUGGCUUAUUUGGCUAUUAGUAAAAAAACGCUUUAGUCGAUCAAUAAAAAAGCCUACUGAUGAAGAAAUUGAGAAAAAACUUGCAAGUUGGCACCCAGAGUCUUUAAUUUUUGACACAGAAGAUGAUCAUCCAUCAUUAAAAUCACGUUUAGUUUCAUCUCCAGUAGGAAAAAGACUCACGGUUGAUGGUAAAGACUGUUUGAACUUGGGAACUCACAAUUAUCUAGGUUUACUAGAAAAUAAAAAGAUUGAAGAACGUGCUAUAAACACCGUUAGAAAAUACGGAGUAGGUUCUUGUGGUCCAAGAGGCUUCUAUGGUACUGUCGAUGUCCAUUUAGUGCUUGAAGAUAGGCUCGCUAAAUUUAUGGAAGCUGAAGAAGCUAUUGUCUACUCUUACGGUUUCAGCACCAUCGCCUCAUCAAUUCCAGCUUAUAGUAAAAAGAGAGAUAUUAUUUUUGCUGAUGAAAGAAUUAAUUUUUCAAUUCAACAAGGCAUUAAUGCUUCAAGAUCAACUGUUUAUUACUUUAAACACAAUGAUGUUGAUGAUUUAGAAAGAUUGUUGAUAGAACAAAAUGAUAAAGAUAAGAAAAAUUCAAAAAGAGCUGCCAAAAUUCGACGAUUUUUAAUUAUUGAAGGCAUUUAUAUUAACACUGGACAAGUUUGCCCACUUCCUGAUCUGAUAAAGCUGUGUAGAAAGUACAAAUUGAGAAUUUUCAUGGAUGAGUCUAUAUCUUUUGGAACCCUUGGAAAAAAUGGAAAAGGAGUAACUGAACACUUUGGCGUUCCUAGACAUGAAGUCGAUCUAAUAAUGGGAUCUCUUGAAUGGGCAAUAAGCUCAAUUGGUGGCUUCUGCGUCGGUUCAUCAUUCAUAAUUGAACACCAACGGCUUUCUGGACUCGGUUAUUGCUUCUCUGCAUCACUUCCUCCACUUUUAACUGCUGCUGCGAUUACAUCUCUAGAUAUCAUCGAGGAAGAUCCAAGUAUUUUUGAUAAAUUAAGGAAAAACUGUUUAUCUUUUCAAACUAGACUAAAUAAGUUACAAUAUUUUGAGCUUUCUGCUAUGCCAGAAUCGCCUGUGAAACAUUUAUACCUAAAAAAGCAAUAUGACCGUCACAAAGAACAAGAAUUAUUAUUAGAAAUCUCUAACAAAUGUAUAGAAAAUAAUUUAGCAGUAAUUCCUCCUGCUUACUUAGACACUGAAAGAAAUUUGCCACGCCCGAGUCUACGACUGUGUAUUUCAAGUACUCUAAAUGAAGAAGACAUUGAUUUUGCUUUGGAGGUUUUAGAACGAUGUUCAACUGAUGUUUUGUCUUAAUGUUAAGUGAUCAUUAAUUUAUAGAGUAAGAUUUUUUAUAGGUGAGUUAUAGAAGAACAUAAAAUAGAAUUGUACGAUUUCGAAGAUUAUUAAUCUAAAGUAAAUUAUAAAAAACAUCAGAAUACAUAACUUUUUAAGCUUCA